UUCUAAGUGCAACAAGAGACUACGCACAAAGCAUAGAAGUGUGGUUGUCUGAACUGUGAUGGAUUAUCGUCUUUUACUUCUUCUGUAUUUCAUUUCCAUUUUCCCAGACCUUUCUCAUUCUUCUCUUCCAUUCUCCUUAACGAGCAGUUAUAAAGAAACAAAAUCAUCAAUUCUGAAAUUGAAGACUGGUUUUUCGUCGACUUCAAUUGAUCCAACACGUGUCACUCAAAUUUCAUGGUACCCCAGGGCUUUCAUAUAUCAGAAUUUUUUGACAGAUGAGGAGUGUGAUCAUCUCAUCUCUCUGGCUAAAGGUAGACUGGAGAAAUCCACGGUAGCUGACAAUGUAUCAGGAGAGAGCAUAGAGAGUGAAGUUCGGACAAGCUCCGGCAUGUUUCUUGUCAAAGCUCAGGAUGAAGUUGUUGCUAAUGUGGAGGCCAGAAUAGCUGCUUGGACAUUUCUCCCACAAGAGAAUGGAGAAUCAAUUCAGAUAUUGCAUUAUAAACACGGGCAAAAAUACGAGCCACAUUAUGAUUAUUUUAUGGACAAGUUCAAUCAAGAGAUAGGUGGCCAUCGCGUGGCUACUGUCCUUAUGUAUUUAUCAGAUGUUAAGAAGGGUGGAGAAACUGUUUUCCCUUGGUCAGAGGCCACGGAAUCUCAGCCAAAGGGUACUGAUGACUGGUCUGAUUGUGCUAAAUAUGGCUAUGCAGUAAAACCUAGGAAGGGUGAUGCAUUGUUGUUUUUCAGUCUACAUCCUAAUGCAACAACUGAUCCUUUGAGCUUGCAUGGAAGUUGCCCUGUCAUUGAAGGCGAGAAGUGGUCUGCUACGAAGUGGAUUCAUGUAAGGUCCAUUGACGACACACCAUCAUCAACAGAUCAGUGUAUCGAUCAGAAUCCUGACUGUUCCGAGUGGGCUGCUGCUGGUGAAUGUGAUAAGAAUCCUUCUUAUAUGGUGGGCUAUGAAGGUUUUGUAGGUUAUUGUAGGAAGAGUUGUAAUGUGUGCUCAUGAUAGGGAUACAUACUUGGAUUU